UCUGUCCUCUCGGUUUUCUCAGCUUCAAAUUUGAAAACCUUCACUCAGUUACUUUCCUUUUCCCCAUACAACCUUUUCUAUAAAUAUUCCCUGGACUAAACCACAAGAUACAAACCACAAGGUACAUUCAAAGCAAGGGAAUAAAUUAGUGCUUUUUACACGAUCCACGAAGAUAUUCAAGAUGGUGGACCGUCCGAACAAGCCUACUGCCAUCCCAGUUGGCUCCUCCACCGCCGUGCCCGCUCCUCAGGUCGACAUUUCCUCAGACAACUCAAGCGUCACCGCAACACUGCCAAGCGGUGAUUCAGUUACUGUCCUACUAUUUGGUGCAACUGUCACGUCAUGGAAGUCUGCAGGCGGAAAGAAGGAGAAUCUCUGGCUCAGUGAAAAGGCCAUCUUAGAUGGCUCAAAGCCUGUGCGAGGAGGCAUUCCGCUUGUGUUCCCGGUUUUCGGGCCCCCUCCCUCUGACCACGCCACUUCUUCUCUCCCCCAGCACGGCUUUGCUCGAAACUCCCGAUGGGAAUUCCUCGGCAAAUCGACCUCAGAGUCUGCGGGCAAGGGCUCGGCGGGCGAUGAUAGCGUGACCCUUGACUUUGGACUUGGUUCCUCAAACCUCAGCGACUCCGCCAAGCAGGCAUGGCCGUUCAACUUUGGUCUAGUGUACAGCGUGACCCUGGUCAAGGAUGUUCUGACGACGAACAUGACGGUACGAAAUGAGGGCACAAAGCCAUUUGAGUGCCAGGUGCUCUUCCACUCUUACCUCAAGGUCGACGACAUUGCCAACACUACCGUCAGCGGUCUUGAUUCAAUCGAGUAUGUUGACAAGGUCAACGGUGCAUCAACCCAAACCGAGACCAACAAGGCUGUCACUCUUACCGGAGAGACUGACCGCGUGUACAAAGCCCUGAAGCCCGAGGCAAAGGUUGUUGUCAAGGAAAACGGCAAGCCCCUGUACGAAGUUGGCCGGGACAACCUCGAUGAUGUCGUCGUUUGGAAUCCUUGGGCCGAGAAGGCUGGUGGCAUGGGUGACUUUGCGCCAAAGGAUGGAUACAAGCAGAUGAUCUGCAUUGAAUCCGGUGCUGUCUCUGGCUGGCAGAAGCUCGACGGAGGCGACUCGUUCGAAGGCGCUCAGAUCAUCAAGUCGGUGCUGUAAAUUGUGAUCCUCACAAAUAGCAACGAGCACAUCUAUGUCUUACCAACACUGACCUGCCUCCUUUCUGACGAGAAGGAGACUAAUCUCGACGAUAUCUAUAUCCCGUUUUCCCCCUCCUUUUUCUAUUUAUUUUUCCCCCCACCUUGCAUUCCAUUGCUUCCUUAGCCUGCCAUAGACAGACCUGCUUUGCACUUUUUUUCUUUUGCCUCACAGACCUGUCACUCGGCUUCGCCUUUGGUCCCGAGGGGAAAAAGAGAAGAUGACAUUAUGCGAUACGAACAAAUCAACUCAUGCUUGACGUUUUAAAAUAAAAAUACGAAUAUAGAUGAAUCAACCAAGGCUCUUCAAAUUUGCUCAAAGGAAUACAGACGUGAAUGUAUCGACGAUUCGCAUCUCCAAUUCACUUGCUUUGACCUCUGAAACUAAAUACGACCGAGUG